AUGAAUGACGAACUCAAUAUUGCAAAGCUUGUGAUCGAAGACGAUGACGACGACGCGAGAGAAGAUCUGGAUAAUCUGGCAUGGGACAAAAAUGACGAAGCUUGGGAAGUAUCACAGGCACGACUUCUGAAAAUUAGCACAUCCAAAACUGCAGCUUCAAUUGCGGGAGCCAAAUUCGACAACGAAGCAACCUUCUCGCCGCCUGUGCUUCUCGGUGGUUUCAAUAUCUUGUUUAAGAUUGAAGUUGAAGGAAUGGCUUCGGGUGUGUUUGUGCAGCUACCUUGUCACGAUGUGUCACAAUUUCAAAGCGAGAAGAGUGUCUAUGAAGGUGCCACAGCAAGAUAUGUCAAGCAGUAUACCAAGAUUCCGACUCCAAAAGUAUUUUACUAUGGCGAUGAGUCGGAACUUGGUCCCUUCAUGAUUCUUGAGAGGAUCUCAGAUUGUGGAUUGAUGAGCCUUCGAAUCUGCGCACAUAGAGAAAACCCUGAUAUACCUGCGGUUUUGGACCCUGAUAUCUCAGAGAGUUUGCUGGAGAAGUUUUACAAAAAAGCGGCUUUUUGCCUAUUGCGGCUCUCACGACUUUCAUUCAAUCGCAUUGGAUCGCUCUCAGAAGGUGAUGACAACACUUUCUCGAUCAAUGGGCGGCCUCUGUGCAAAAACAUGAACAAUAUGCUACAACUUGCAAACAUCCCGCGUUCAGUACUUCCGCUUGAAAGCAAAACAUACAGUACGGCUGAUGAAUGGUAUGUUGCGUUAGCAGAAAUGCAUAUAGCACAGCUCAUCUUUCAACACAAUGAUCUUGUAAAGAGCGAGGAUGACUGUCGAGACAAAUAGGUGGCACGACAAAUCUUCCGAGGACUUGCAAAAGAUCGUCAACUUUCAAUUUUUGGAUUCUCGAAUGACAAAUGGUCAGCACAAUCUGAAACUUGGACUUCCAAACUUUCACCAGCACCAAGUAAUGUGGACUCUUUCACGCUUUGGGCCGAUGACUUAAGACCUGGUAAUAUGCUGAUUGAUGAUUCUGACGAGCUGGCUGCAGUCAUCGACUGGGAGCUCACAUAUGCUGCACCUACACAGUUUGCUCUUGAUAGUCCCGGGUGGCUACUCCUCGAAGUACCCGAGAUGUGGAACACGGGUAUUGAUGACUGGUGUAAGGUCUAUGGGAUGCGUCUGAGAACCUUUUUGUCUGCCAUGGAGAAAGAUGAGAAGGAAGAAAAUGCUGGCUCCGAGAACCUGACAUUCUUAUUAUCUACACACAUGCGCGAGAGUUGGAAGACUGGUCGAUUUUGGCUUGAUUAUGCGGCGAAAGAUAGUUGGGCGUUCGACACGGUAUUUUGGAAGUAUUUGGAUCAGAGGUUCUUCGGGAAGAGGAAGGAUGGUGUUGCCAAAGACAACCUAUGGAAGACCAGGGUAGAUUUGUUGAGUGAGAAAGAGAGAGAGGUUAUGGAACCUUUUGUGCAAUGGAAAAUGGAGGAUAAGACAGAGAGGAUAUUGGUUGACUGGGACCCGGAGGAGGCCAAGAAACGCUUUGCGGAGCUAUUAUUCGACUGA